CUCCUAGUCUCCGGACUCUACCAGUUGAAAUUGCGUUGUAAUGCUUUGAUAUUCUGGAAUUUGCUUGUGUAGAUCAUUUUGUUGUUUACGUUGAAUAUCCAGAGCCUAUCGGAUCUAUAACUAUACAUGUUGUAUUAAAUAUGUUUCGGGAUGGUGUCAUUUGGGGAACCAUGGACCGUGAGUGGAGAAGCGAUUGGGUUUUAAAUCUUGUCGGAGACUAUUCUUCACUCGGUCUCACCUCUUGUCCGAGAGCGUUGGACUGAGCGGAUCAAGCUACAGGCUGGAGCGGGUUUAUUCUUUUAUUUUCUGCAUCAAGUCAAGGUUGUUUCACUCGUUCGGGGAAUAGUUAACUAAAGCGAAAAGGAUUGAUUAUUUGUAUUAAAUAGCCGAGGUUUUGUAUUCAAAUAGCCGAGGUUUCUUUCAACUCUUCAGAAGCUGCCCAGCUUGACCGUCAGACUGACCAGCACUCAGUUGUCCAGAAAAAUGGAGGCUGUUAUUGAGAAAGAAUGUAGUGCGCUGGGGGGACUUUUCCAAAGUGUGAUAGGCGACAUGAAAGUAAGUCAAACCUAUCAGUUCUGAAUAAUUGUGUUUAUAACAGUGUACUUAACCUAGAUAGAUAGCUAUUAGCUACUUAUCUAACUCCAUAUUAACUCAUUCAGUAACCUGUUCUGUAGGAAUGGCCACUAAGGUUAGCUAGCUAGCUAAGUAGAUAACGUUACCUGGCUGUCAGUUUUUUUGACAGUUGCUCCAGAUAUUGACAAGGCAUGCAUCAUCAUGUCAUGGCUACUGCGAGCUAUGAAGCUUAUUGACUGAAGUGUAUUGGGUCAAACAAAAAUACUAGAAUGGAGUUAUACAUUGAUGAGGCAAUGUUUUCUUCAAAUGUCAAAUGCGGUGUUAUGCUAUACAAUCUAUAUUUUUCACCUCUGAACCUAUUGUUGCUGUGGGUAUCUAGGUUAUUGUUCAGCAGGGGGUCUCUGCCUUCAAGGCUCUUGAAAUAUUAAUCAGUUGCUGAUGCAAAGGAGCUGUGUGUGUUUGUGUGUGUGUGUCUCUCUCUUUCUCUCUCCUCUCUCUCUAUGGAGGUAUAGUGUUGCACAGGGUGACAUUCCUAAGGUCACUAAUGCUACAAAUCAAUGUCAGACACAUCAUCCUUACUUAACUUCUCCUCAGUCUCCCAGAUGGCAGCAUAUUCUCAGUAUCCUUACUGACCUUCUCCUCAGUCUCCCAGAUAGCAGCAUAUUCUCAGUAUCCUUACUUACCUUCUCCUCAGUCUCCCAGAUAGCAGCAUAUUCUCAGUAUCCUUACUCACCUUCUCCUCAGUCUCCCAGAUAGCAGCAUAGUCUCAGUAUCCUUACUUACCUUCUCCUCAGUCUCCCAGAUAGCAGCAUAGUCUCAGUAUCCUUACUCACCUUCUCCUCAGUCUCCCAGAUAGCAGCAUAGUCUCAGUAUCCUUACUUAACUUCUCCUCAGUCUCCCAGAUAGCAGCAUAGUCUCAGUAUCCUUACUUAACUUCUCCUCAGUCUCCCAGAUGGCAGCAUAGUCUCAGUAUCCUUACUUACCUUCUCCUCAGUCUCCCAGAUAGCAGCAUAGUCUCAGUAUCCUUACUUAACUUCUCCUCAGUCUCCCAGAUAGCAGCAUAGUCUCAGUAUCCUUACUCACCUUCUCCUCAGUCUCCCAGAUAGCAGCAUAGUCGCAGUAUCCUUACUUACCUUCUCCUCAGUCUCCCAGAUAGCAGCAUAGUCGCAGUAUCCUUACUUACCUUCUCCUCAGUCUCCCAGAUAGCAGCAUAGUCUCAGUAUUACACUACUGGGCCCAUUACUGUGUGUUCACAAAACAGACUCGAUAUCAAGUCUAAUAGGUUAGGCCUGACACUUUAUAGUCCAUCAUCACUUUGAUUAUCAGGUCUCCCUUGGAAAAUAGGUAUUUUGACCUCAAUGGGACUACCUGGUAAAAUAAAGGUUAAAAAAACAAACAAGUGUUUGUUUCUGACAGAUGUUGUGCUCUGGGAAAACAAGAUGUUCUGAUGUUCCUGUACAGAUGUUGUGCUCUGGGAAAACAAGAUGUUCUGAUGUUCCUGUACAGAUGUUGUGCUCUGGGAAAACAAGAUGUUCUGAUGUUCCUGUACAGAUGUUGUGCUCUGGGAAAACAAGAUGUUCUGAUGUUCCUGUACUUUGUGUUUGUUUCCACAGAGCAGCUACCCCAUCUGGGAAGACUUUAUCAGCAAGGCUGGGAAACUACAGUGUCAACUCAGGUGAGUCCUCAUUAUUAUAAUAAUAAUAAUAAUAAUAAUAAUUAUUAUUAUUAUUAUUAUUAUUAUCACAGGUAUACCCUUAACAAGAACACAGUCAGGACCAUCUCAUUAUUAUCACAGGUAUACCCUUAACAAGAACAAGGUCAGGACCAUGCACAUUUUAAAUUGGUUUUGUAUAGUCAGACUUGGCCCAAAAGGGUUAGGCCUAAAGAACAUGAGCUGUCCAAUAAGUAUCAUGCUGUAGGAGAAAGUCCUAGAAAAAAGAGAUGUUUCCAACUGUCCAUCAUUAUUGGCUCCACCCCCCUAAUCCCCAACCUCUACCCACCUAUCUGAGAUCUGUACCGGGUGGAAUUGUAGGGCAGCUGUGGUUGAACUACAUUGUAGUUACUAAUAGUGUAGGGCAGCUGUGAUUGAACUACAUUGUAGUUACUAAUAGUGUAGGGCAGCUGUGGUUGAACUACAUUGUAGUUACUAAUAGUGUAGGGCAGCUGUGGUUGAACUACAGUGUAGUUACUAAUAGUGUAGGGCAGCUGUGGUUGAACUACAGUGUAGUUACUAAUAGUGUAGGGCAUCUGUGGUUGAACUACAGUGUAGUUACUAAUAGUGUAGGGCAGCUGUGGUUGAACUACAUUGUAGUUACUAAUAGUGUAGGGCAGCUGUGGUUGAACUACAUUGUAGUUACUAAUAGUGUAGGGCAGCUGUGGUUGAACUACAUUGUAGUUACUAAUAGUGUAGGGCAGCUGUGGUUGAACUACAUUGUAGUUACUAAUAGUGUAGGGCAGCUGUGGUUGAACUACAUUGUAGUUACUAAUAGUGUAGGGCAGCUGUGGUUGAACUACAUUGUAGUUACUAAUAGUGUAGGGCAGCUGUGGUUGAACUACAGUGUAGUUACUAAUAGUGUAGGGCAGCUGUGGUUGAACUACAUUGUAGUUACUAAUAGUGUAGGGCAGCUGUGGUUGAACUACAUUGUAGUUGCUAAUAGUGUAGGGCAGCUGUGGUUGAACUACAGUGUAGUUACUAAUAGUGUAGGGCAGCUGUGGUUGAACUACAGUGUAGUUACUAAUAGUGUAGGGCAGCUGUGGUUGAACUACAGUGUAGUUACUAAUAGUGUAGGGCAGCUGUGGUUGAACUACAGUGUAGUUACUAAUAGUGUAGGGCAGCUGUGGUUGAACUACAGUGUAGUUACUAAUAGUGUAGGGCAGCUGUGGUUGAACUACAGUGUAGUUACUAAUAGUGUAGGGCAGCUGUGGUUGAACUACAGUGUAGUUACUAAUAGUGUAGGGCAGCUGUGGUUGAACUACAGUGUAGUUACUAAUAGUGUAGGGCAGCUGUGGUUGAACUACAGUGUAGUUACUAAUAGUGUAGGGCAGCUGUGGUUGAACUACAUUGUAGUUGCUAAUAGUGUAGGGUCUAGGCCUAGUUCUACUCCAUUGUUCUCUGUGCUGAGUCUGUUAGUCUGAGUGCUGAGGGGUUGCUGAAGGAUUGUCCCACCUAGGCCUAAACCCCCUAACCCCCAUACCAGCCACUGAAGUGCAGGUCUCUGUGAUCUUUGCUGUGUCUGGGUGGAAUUGGAGGGAAGCUGUGGCUGUAACAGGAUGGAUGUCCUCCCGAGUGGCGCAGCGGUCUAAGGCACUGCAUCGCAGUGCUUGAGGCAUCACUACAGACCCGGGUUCGAUCCCAGGCUGUGUCACAGCCAGCCGUGACGGGGAGACCCAUGAGGCGGCGCACAAUUGGCGUCGUCCGGGUUAGGGGAGGGUUUGGCCGGCCGGGAUUUCCUUGUCCCAUUGCGCUCUAGCGACUCCUUGUGGCGGGCUGGGCGCCUGCAAGCCGUCUUCGGUCACCAGCUUGAUGGUGUUUCCUCCAACACAUUGGUGCGGCUGGCUUCCGGGUUAAGCAAGCAGUGCGGCUUGGCAGGGUCGUGUUUCAGAGGCUCUCGACCAUCGCCUCUCCUGAGUCCGUAGGGGAGUUGCAGUGAUAGGACAAGACUGUAACUACCAAUUGGAUAUCACAAAAAAGGGGUAAAAGUACAAAAAAUAAUAACAACAGGAUAGUUCUGCUCCAUUGUCCUCUCUGAGUCUGUUGGUUUGAGGGCUGCGAUGUCCCACUAAAACCCCCACCCAGUCUAGCUACUACCUCUACCCACCUCUGGUGAUCUCUGCUGGGUAGAAUCGGAGGGCAGGCUGAAUGGCAGCAUGCAUGUCUGUCUCUGUAAUGAUGUUAGGGUAGGGUUAAGUGCUCUGUAAUCUAGCUCUCCUCUUCCACACUGCCUUCUAGGAAGUUAUCUAAUUAUAGUUUUUAAGCCAUCCGUUGCUUUUUGUGGCAAAAUAUGGUAUUUUCUUCCCACAACUGGUUUUUACAACUUCACCCAACAUAAUGUUUCAGAAAAUGUCGGUCGGUGUGUAUUACUAUCUAAUCACAAUAUGGCUGCGUCCCAAAUGACACACUAUUCCCUACUUUUGACCAGAGCCCAAUGGGUCCUGGUGGAAAGUAAAGGACUAAAUAGGGAAUAGGGUGUUAUUUGGGUUGCAGCCUUACUCUAACAUGCCUGUCCUUUCCUAGAUAGAUCAGAGAUCCCACAGUCCAUUUCAGACUUUCAGCCCGUUCCUCCCUAGUUUUCAUAUCCAUGUUCAGCUAAACAUUGAACUUGGAUCAGGCUGGGCUUAAAUAGCAUAUCACUCCGUAUUUGGGGUUCAAAUGUAAUGUGUGUCCCAAAUGACACCCUAUUCCUUUUAUAGUGCACUACCUCUUUUUUUUCUUUAGUCAUUUUAGCAGACGCUCUUAUCCAGAGCGACUUACAGUUAGUGAGUGCAUACAUUUUUUUCCCCAAAUAAUUUUCAUACUGGCCCCCGUGGGAAUCGAACCCACAACCCUGGCGUUGCAAGCGCCAUGCUCUACCAACUGAGCUACACGGGACCUCUAACCAGAGCCGCAUAGGGAAUAGGGUGCCAUUUGGGACUCACCCUUUAUUUCUGGUUGGUUAUCCAGAUGCUAAAAGAAGACUGACAGCACAGCAAGUAGUGAAGAAGACAUUACUGUUACUUCUGAGAAAAGAGCCAUGGAGAAUUGGAGUGUGUCCCAAAUGGCACACCCUAUUCCCUAUAUAGUGCACUACUUUUGACAUGAGACUCUAUAGGGCUCUGGUUAAAAGUAGUGCACAAUAAAGGGAAUAGGGUGCCAUCUGGGACAUAGACUUUCGGUGCCAUGCAGAGUUUAGGCUACUUGUAGAUACUUGAAGUAGGACAAAAAUUGAGAGAAGAGGGAAAUGUAAUGUUUCAUUGUCAGGCUGCCUACCGCUGCAGUACCUACCAGGGGAGGGGAGUUAUGUAGGACCAGUACCUACCAGGGGAGGGGAGUUAGAGGACCAGUACCUACCAGGGGAGGGGAGUUAUGUAGGACCAGUACCUACCAGGGGAGGGGAGUUAUGUAGGACCAGUACCUACCAGGGGAGGGGAGUUAUGUAGGACCAGUACCUACCAGGGGAGGGGAGUUAGAGGACCAGUACCUACCAGGGGAGGGGAGUUAUGUAGGACCAGUACCUACCAGGGAAGGGGAGUUUAGAGGACCAGUACCUACCAGGGGAGGGGAGUUAUGUAGGACCCAUUAACCUACCAGGGGAGGGGUAGUUAGAGGACCAGUACCUACCAGGGGAGGGGAGUUAGAGGACCAGUACCUACCAGGGGAGGGGAGUUAGAGGACCAGUACCUACCAGGGGAGGGGAGUUAUGUAGGCACCAGUACCUACCAGGGGAGGGAGUUAUGUAGGACCAGUACCUACCAGGGGAGGGGAGUUAUGUAGGACCAGUACCUACAGGGGAGGGAGUUAUGUAGGGACAGUACCUACCAGGGGAGGGGAGUUAUGUAGGACCAGUACCUACCAGGGGAGGGGAGUUAGAGGACCAGUACCUACCAGGGGAGGGGAGUUAGAGGACCAGUACCUACCAGGGGAGGGGAGUUAUGUAGGACCAGUACCUACCAGGGAAGGGGAGUUAUGUAGGCCCGGUACCUACCAGGGGAGGGGAGUUAUGUAGGACCAGUACCUACCAGGGGAGGGGAGUUAUGUAGGCCCGGUACCUACCAGGGGAGGGGAGUUAUGUAGGCCCAGGUGAUGGAAGUAAUUUGUCGACUCAGUCUUUGGUGGAGAUUUGUUGCAGGUGUUUUCUGAACAACAUAGCUGUGAACACUGAACAAUGCACAGUAGUAUCCAACAGAGGCAAACACAACCAGAGGUUUCCCCUGUAGUGGAUCUCCUCUCCCUUUAAAUAGAGUGGAAUGUGUGUGUGGAGUGGAGAGUGUGUGUCUGUAUGUCUUUCUGUGUGUGCUUGUGCGUGUGUGUGUGUGCGUGGGCGGGCCGGCGGGCGGGUGUGUGUGUGUGUAUUUUUCCGCCAGAGACUAGCAACACACCCUUGUGUCUAGUGGUUAGCUCCAGCUCUCUACAGCACAGUCUGUUGUAAUAUCAUUACAGGUUGAUAAGGACAGUAUUGUUCAUUCAUUGUCAAACGUAUGUUAGUCAUUUGACUUCAGACGUAUAACUUUUAAGUUGAUAAAGAAUUCUGUUGUUCUGGGACAGACUGUACGUCCCAAAUGGCACCCUAUUCCAUAUAUAGUGCACUACUUUUGACCAGAGCCCAUAAGAGUAGUGCACUAUAUAGGACAGUCAAUAUUGCCACUUCUCCAUGGCCUCUGUGUGACCUGUACUGUAGACUAUGUUGUCCAACCACACAGAUCUAGUGUAGGCCCUGGUCAAAAGAAGUGGACCAUGUAGGGGAUCGGUUGCCAUUUGGUACACAGUUGUACUGAACGUAUGUUUUUGACCAAAGAGAGCUGCAUAAGUCCUUGGCAUGCUAAGAUGGCACGCAGAAACAAUGUUUAGAUCUGCUUCACCUACUGUCAGUCCUAUCACCAGCUAAGCCCUGGGCAUGCCUUACUGGUCUGACAGACACUUGUGUUUACGUCUCUACGUCACCUGCUGUCACUCUGACUACUGUCAUUGUUCUCAGCGUUCCAGAGGUGUGUUCUGUGUUCCGUCUGUAGUGUGUUUGGAUAGUCUACGGUUUCUGGUUUUGUUUGUGUCACGUAGCCUGGAGACUGAUAGUACUCCCAUCCCAUGUAGAUGAAAUCCAAGACCAGUUAACAAUGGUUUGUGUGUGUCACAUAGAAACUACUGCUGAGAUCCAAGACUAGUUAACAGCCCUGCCUACGUCUCACUAACCCUAACCCUGAGAUCUUAAUCACGUGACGCACCUCAGCAGUCAAAGCACUUGACUCUGAUGAGCUACAAAGAUUUCAGACGGGUCCUUUCCACACACUGAAAGCCAGACAAGACAUUCCAAGCAUUUCAACAGCUUAGCCAUUCAGACUGAUAGUUCUACUAUGAAGAAAUGCUGUAGGCCGAUCUAUGCCUGUUAUCAUGGUCAUUAAGGGCCAUUAAUCGAGAUGUUAAAGUGAGACCCGUGGCCAGACAGACACAAAGGAAACACAUUCUUAUUGUCUUGUUGUGAAUGAACGUCAGCUAACAGUAUAGGUCUAAUAACACUAUAAUAACUAGCAACCCCUGCCCAUUUCCCUUGAAACAACAGUCGAUCUCAGAUAGAGAUAGCUAACUGCUUGAACCAGGUCCAACCAUAUUUACGUCCUAAAUGGCACCCCAUUCCCUAAAGUGUACUACUUUUGUAUAGUACUGCACCAUAGGGAAUAGGGUGCCAUUUGGGACCCUACCCCAUGGCUAAUCAUGUGCCCGGUCGGUCGGUACAUGUGUGUUCAGUUCAGUUAAGGGUAGUUUAAAUGAGGGCCAAAGCGUGACCAGCUGGGUUCUGCUUCUGUUUCUGUUUUCAGGGCAACGGUGGUUGCAGCUGCAGCGUUCCUGGAUGCCUUUCAGAAAGUGGCUGACCUGGCCACCAGCACACGAGGUAAGACCAUGUAUCCGUCCAGGGGUGAGGGGAUGGGGGGGGUGAGGGGAGAGGGGAAGCUGUGGGGGUAUGAGGUGCAGAGGUCUUUGACAUAGGCACUCAAAUCAAAUCAAAUCAAAUCAAAU